AUGGCUCAUUUUGUUGCAUGCAAUAAAACUGAUGAUGCAUCUCAUGUUGCUGCAUUGUUCUUUAAAGAUGUCAUUAGAUUGCAUGGCAUGCCGCGCACCAUUGUUUCUGAUCGUGACACUAAGUUCCUUAGUUACUUUUGGAAAACCUUGUGGUCUAAGUUAGGGACUAAGCUUUUAUUUUCCACCACUUGUCAUCCCCAAACUGAUGGUCAAACUGAGGUUGUAAACCGGACUUUAGGAACCUUGUUGCGUGUGCUGCUUAAAAAGAAUCUUAAGAAUUGGGAUGAUUGCUUGCCUCAUAUAGAAUUUGCUUAUAAUCAUUCUGUGCAUUCAGCAUCUAAGUUCUCUCCUUUUGAAAUUGUUUAUGGGUUUAAACCCCUGUCACCUUUGGAUUUAAUGCCUCUGCCUUUGAGUGAAAGGUUGAGUACAGAUGGACAGAAGAGAGCUGAGAUGGUGAAGAAGAUACAUGAGCAGGCAAAGAAAACAUUGAGGAAAAGACAAGGCAGUAUGCCAAGAAGGCCAACAAGGGACGGCGCGAAUUAA